AUGCUCAAAUACGUGACAGUAUUGUGUGUCUUGGUGGCCGUAUGCGCUGGUGCACCCCAGAACCCGCAAGAUGUGCAGAUCCUGCGUUUCGACAGCAACGUUGAGACCGAUGGCUACAACUUUGCGUAUGAGACCAGCGAUGGCACAUCCAGACAAGAAGAAGGCAAGUUGGACAACCCUCAAUCAGAAAACGCAGCUCUUACAGUAACCGGCCAGUAUGCGUUCGUCGCUCCCGAUGGCAAGCACUACUCCGUCACCUUUACUGCUGGACCAAACGGUUUCCAGCCGAAAACCUCCCUAGGACAGUAA